AUGUCUGGAUCUGGAGGAGGAGAACUCAGAGUGCCAAUCUUCAAUGGAGAAAACUUCAAUUUCUGGCAGAUCAAGAUGAAAACCAUCUUUCGAUCACACGAGCUAUGGGAAAUGGUUGAGAAUGGGUAUAAGAUUCCAGUGAAGGAGGAGGCACUCACGGAGGCAGAGAAGAAGCUGUUGCGUGAGUAUGCGGUGAAAGAUGCCAGAGCAUUAGGCAUUAUUCAAGGAGCUGUCUAUGGUGAGGAUUUGAGUAAUCAACGAAUUGUCCAGAAAUUGUUGAUUAGCUUACCUAAAUCCUACGAUAGCAUUGCAGUUGUGAUAGAGAAUACUAAAGAUCUGGACACCAUUGAUGCACAAGAUGUAGUUGCUAUUUUGAAAGGUAACAAGGUUAAAGGGAGCAAGAAGGCUAUUUCUUAUGAAGGGAACAAUAAGGCUAGUUCUUAUGUGAAGAAUGAGGCAACAAACACUGGAGACAAGUGUAAGUUUUGUGAUAAACUUCACUAUGGUGAAUGCUGGGUUAAAAACAAAGUCAAAUGUCACAAGUGCAAUAAAAUUGGACAUAUUGCACGAUAUUGCAAUACAAACAAGACUGUUCAACAAGGGCAUUUUGCAAAUCAGGUUGAAGAAACUGGAAAUUUGUUCUAUGCAAAUCAUACUGAGACAGAGAAAAGGGUAAGUGAUGACUGGUAUAUAGACAGUGGAUGUAGUAACCACAUGACAUCUCAAGAAGAUUUGCUUGUUGAUAUUGAUAGGAGAGUGAAAGCCAAAGUUCAAGUAGGCACUGAAGUGUUGGUUGAUAUAGCAGGGAAAGGGACUUUGGUCAUUGAAACUACAAAAGGCAAACGGUACAUAAAAGAAGUCAUGUUGGUACCUGGCCUUGUAGAAAACUUGCUCAGUGUGGGACAAAUGACAGAUCAUGGCUAUUUUCUCUUGUUUGGAAAUUGUAAGGUUGACAUAUUUGAUGAUAGAACUUUACAACAUUUGGUAAAUCAUAGAGAGGCAUUUCCACAAGAAUCGAAAUGGAGAGCAAAGGAGCCACUAGGAUUGAUCCAUUCAAAUAUAUGUGGUCCUAUGCAAACACCAAGUUUGGGAGGGACUAGAUACUUUAUCACUUUCAUUGAUGACUACUCAAGAAUGUGCUGGGUAUAUUUUUUGCGAAACAAGUCAGAAGCACUUCAUGUGUUUAAGAAGUUUAAAGUGAUGGUGGAACUUAAAAGUGGGUACCAUAUAAAGAGGUUAAGGACAAAUAGAGGAGGGGAGUUCAAUUCACAUGAGUUUGUGCAGUUUUGUGAAGAAUUGGGAAUAGAAAGACAGCUCACUAUUGCCUACUCUCCCCAACAAAAUGGCGUGGCAAAAAGGAAGAACAGAACAGUUAUGGAAAUGGCGAAGUGCAUGGUUCAUGAGAAAGAGAUGCCAUACAACCUGUGGUGUAAAGCAAUAAACACAGUAGUGUAUUUGUUAAAUCGAAGUCCAACAAAAGCUUUAGAAAACUCUACACCUUUUGAGAGGUUUAGUGGAAGAAAGCCAGGUAUUAAACACUUAAAAGAGUUUGGCUCAGUGUGUUAUCCUUUAGUUCCAGGAGCUGUGAGACACAAGUUGGAAGCAACAAGUGCCAUAGGUGUUUUUAUUGGCUAUGGCAUCUAUGAUAAGGGAUAUAGGAUACUGAAUCCUAUAACUCAGAAAGUGUUACUCUCUAGAGAUGUGAUCUUUGAUGAACAUGGCAAGUGCCAUGUAUGCAUUGUUGAGCCUGAGAGUUUUGAUGAGGCUGCAACGGAUGAGGCAUGGAGAAAGGCAAUGGAAAAUGAAAUAAGCAUGAUAGAAAAGAACCAGACAUGGGAGUUGGUGAACAGACCAUUUGAUAAACCUGUGAUUGGGGUAAAAUGGGUAUACAAGACAAAAUUGAAUCUAGAUGGGUCAAUUCAGAAGAACAAGGCCAAACUAGUUGCAAAAGGUUAUGCACAAAAGCCAGGGAUUGAUUAUAAUGAAACCUUUGCACUUGUGGCCAGAUUGGACACCAUAAGAACUCUCAUUGCAUUGGCUGUAAAGAACAACUGGAAGCUGUAUCAGUUGAAUGUGAAAUCUGCAUUUUUGAAUGGGGUACUUGAAGAAGAAGUCUACAUAGAGCAGCCAUAUGGAUUUCUAGUGAAGGCUAAAGAGGAUAAAGUGUACAAAUUGCACAAGGCUUUGUAUGGAUUGAAGCAUGCACCUAGGGCCUGGUAUGGAGACAUUGAUUCUUACCUUGUGCAAUGUGGUUUCAAAAAAAGUACCAGUGAGGUAACUUUGUAUGUGAAGUGUAAGGGAAACUCAGAGUUGGUCAUAGUAUCAAUAUAUGUUGAUGACAUUGUUUACACUGGUAACUCACAAGAAUUGUUGCAGGAAUUCAAGUCAGAUAUGAUGCAGAAGUAUGAGAUGACAGACUUGGGUUUAUUGCAUCACUUCCUAGGAAUGGGAGUUAUACAUAGUGAUAAUUGCAUCUUUCUACAUCAGAGGAAGUAUGCUUCUACUCUCUUACAAAAAUUUGGCCUGCAAGAGUGCAAAUCAGUGAGUAUUCCUCUUGUUCCAAAUGACAAACUAAGGAAGGAUGAUGAUAGUGGAGCUGCAGAUGAGGCUCAGUAUCAAAAACUGGUUGGAAGCUUACUUUACCUUACUGCAACCAAACCAGACAUAAUGUAUGCUACUUGUUUGUUGUCAAGGUUUAUGCAUUGUCCAACCAACAAGCAUUAUGGAACGGCUAAAAGGGUUCUUAGAUAUAUUCAAGGCACUCUUCAUUUGCAACAAUGUGUUGCUCUAUCCACAGCAGAAGCCGAGUAUAUUAGUGCCUCAGAAGCUACGGCACAAGCGACAUGGUUAAGAUUUGUGUUGGAGGAUUUUGGUGAAAUGCAAGCUGUUGCCACACCACUGAAUUGUGACAACACCUCAGCCAUUGCAAUCACCAAGAAUCCAAUCUUUCAUCAGAAAACCAAACACAUAAAUCGGAGGUAUCACUACAUCAAGGAAGCUUUACAACAAGGUGUAAUCGACUUGCUUCAUUGUCCUACAAAGGAGCAAGUAGCUAACAUAUUCACUAAGGUUUUGGCAAGAGAACAGUUCUCAUAUCUUAGAGAAUUGCUUGGGGUGAAAUCAGUUCACAAUUUGAAGGGGAGUGUUAAUGUGUAA